CGGGGGGAGAAACCAGCAAAGCGCGCCAAGCAGGACAAGACCCUUUUCAACUGGACUGCUGAUGCGUUUAUCAAGCAAUCCGUUCUCUCCCCGAAACACCGGAAGAUCAUCCAGGAGAUCGAGAACUUCAAACUUGACCUUGAUGAAACCAUCGAGAGUAUUGAGCAAAGUGGUGUCAACCCCAUUUUCCCCAAAAGGCUCUGGAAGUCAGUCCUCCGGGACGAGUAUAUCGAACCUGCCGAAGUACACGCGCUGGUUGCAACCUACCACCACCCAGAGGCACCGCGACCAGCCUCCAACAAGUUCGCAGAUGCCCUUGAGUUAUCCACCUUGGCCAAACCGGCACCCACGAAAGCCAUCAUUGACCAGACUACAUGGCGCCGAGCGUGGAGAGCUACAGCAGAUGCGAUCUCUUUCGCAUUCACCAACCGGCGUACCGAGCUCAUUGCUUACGAAGAGCACAUUGGGCGACUCUUCGAUGUCGAUGACAACCUUACCAGUUUCCACCGGAACAUCAUUAACUACGAUAAAGCCGUGCGUCAGCUCAUUGGGUCCCGACGCGAUAUCCUAUUCAACGAGUUUGAACAUGCCGAGGUCGCCAGAUUCAGAACAAUGUACCUCCUCCCUACUGGGACGCAUUUCUCAAUCUCAACUCUCUCCGCACCUAGACCAGACCAAGGGAGUUCACGCCCUCGCAAUAGGACCAAGGAAAUUUGCAGGAAGUUCAAUCGGGGAAACUGCGAUGGCGGCGAACGAAGGCACCUCUGCUCCACGUGUGGAGAGUCAGGGCACGGAGCACAAGAUUGCAGAAAAACGGCCAGGAAGUGA